CGGGCACUGGCCCGGUUGCCGCAGUGACCGAGCCGAGGGAGUGGGGAGAUGGCGGCGUCGCGUCGCUCUCAGCAUCACCACCACAACCACCAUGGGGUCCACCACCCGCCGCCGCCGCCGCCGCCGCCUCCUCUGCCUCUGCCGCUCCCGCUGCUACCGCCGGUCGCCGUGGGAGCGGCUCCGCCGCCGCCGCCGCCGCCCUCUCUGAGCCCCGGGCCCGCGUCCCCUGCGGCCUCCCCGCGCCACGGCGGCCUUUCGGCGCCUCCCGACGCGGAUGGGGGAGGAGGCGGUGGAGCUGGCCCCGGGCCUGAGCGGCCGUGCUCCCCCGAGCCUGGCGACAGCACUGGCCCGGCCUCGGCUCCCGCGGCGGCGCCCCCCGGCCCUGGCCCCGGGUCCUGCCCCUGUCCAGGGCCCUGCCCAGCCUCUACCGCCACCUCUGCCUCCUCGCUGUCCUCCGUGUCCUCAUGCUCCUCCUCGGCCUCUUCGUCGACCUCGUCUUCCUCGUCCUCGGCCUCCUCUGCCUCGUCGUCCCCCGGCUCGCUGGGGCCUAGUCCGGCUGACAGUCCCCCAGAGGCAGCAGGUCCAGGCUCGGGGCCGGCCGUGAGCGGUGCUCUGCGCGAGCUGCUUGAGGCCUGCCGCAACGGGGACGUGGCCCGGGUGCGGAGGCUCGUGGACGCGGCCAAUGUGAACGCCAAGGACCUGGCCGGCCGCAAGUCCUCCCCACUGCACUUCGCCGCUGGUUUUGGAAGGAAAGAUGUGGUGGAACACUUAUUGCAAAUGGGUGCCAACGUCCAUGCCCGAGAUGAUGGUGGGCUGAUUCCUCUCCACAAUGCCUGUUCCUUUGGCCAUGCUGAAGUUGUGAGCCUGUUGCUGUGCCAAGGGGCAGAUCCAAAUGCCCGGGACAAUUGGAACUACACUCCCCUUCAUGAAGCAUCUAUUAAGGGGAAGAUAGACGUGUGCAUUGUUCUGCUGCAGCACGGAGCUGAUCCAAACAUUCGCAACACUGAUGGGAAAUCGGCCCUGGACCUGGCAGACCCUUCAGCAAAAGCUGUCCUCACAGGUGAAUACAAGAAGGACGAACUCCUAGAAGCUGCUAGGAGUGGUAAUGAAGAGAAACUGAUGGCUUUACUGACUCCUCUAAAUGUGAAUUGCCAUGCAAGUGAUGGACGCAAGUCUACUCCUUUACACCUGGCUGCAGGCUACAAUCGCGUGCGGAUAGUGCAGCUUCUUCUUCAGCAUGGAGCUGAUGUUCACGCCAAAGACAAAGGUGGACUUGUACCUCUGCAUAAUGCAUGUUCAUAUGGACAUUAUGAAGUCACUGAAUUGCUUUUAAAGCAUGGCGCUUGUGUGAACGCUAUGGAUCUCUGGCAGUUCACCCCACUCCAUGAGGCUGCCUCCAAGAACCGGGUAGAAGUUUGUUCUUUGCUGCUGAGUCAUGGAGCUGAUCCUACCUUGGUCAACUGUCAUGGCAAGAGUGCUGUGGACAUGGCUCCUACUCCUGAGCUGCGGGAGAGGCUGACAUAUGAAUUUAAAGGUCACUCUUUACUACAAGCAGCCAGAGAAGCAGACCUCGCCAAAGUUAAAAAAACACUUGCUUUGGAGAUCAUAAAUUUCAAGCAACCCCAGACUCAUGAAACAGCUCUGCAUUGUGCUGUGGCCUCCUUACACCCCAAGCGGAAGCAAGUGACUGAGCUCUUACUACGGAAAGGAGCAAACGUGAAUGAAAAGAAUAAAGACUUUAUGACGCCCUUGCACGUUGCAGCAGAAAGAGCUCACAAUGAUGUCAUAGAGGUUCUCCAUAAGCAUGGAGCCAAGAUGAAUGCACUGGACACACUUGGUCAGACGCCUUUGCACAGAGCGGCCUUGGCAGGCCACUUGCAGACUUGCCGCCUCCUGCUGAGUUAUGGCUCUGAUCCCUCCAUCAUCUCCCUACAAGGUUUUACAGCUGCCCAGAUGGGAAAUGAAGCCGUGCAGCAGAUUCUAAGUGAAAGUACACCUGUGCGCACUUCAGAUGUUGAUUACCGCCUCCUAGAGGCAUCCAAAGCAGGAGACUUGGAAACUGUGAAGCAACUCUGUAGCCCUCAGAAUGUGAACUGCCGAGAUUUAGAAGGUCGCCACUCAACUCCUCUUCACUUUGCUGCUGGCUACAACCGAGUAUCUGUGGUGGAAUUCCUCCUCCACCAUGGAGCAGAUGUUCAUGCCAAAGACAAGGGUGGCUUGGUGCCCCUCCACAAUGCCUGCUCCUAUGGCCACUAUGAGGUGGCAGAGCUCUUGGUGAGACAUGGGGCAUCUGUCAAUGUUGCUGACCUAUGGAAAUUUACACCUCUGCAUGAAGCAGCUGCUAAAGGAAAAUAUGAGAUCUGUAAGCUUCUCUUAAAGCAUGGAGCAGACCCAACUAAGAAGAACCGAGAUGGCAACACGCCUUUAGACUUGGUGAAGGAAGGAGACACUGACAUCCAGGACUUACUCCGAGGAGAUGCUGCCCUGCUGGAUGCUGCCAAAAAGGGCUGCCUGGCCCGUGUGCAGAAGCUGUGCACUCCUGACAACAUCAACUGCAGAGAUACCCAGGGCAGAAACUCAACCCCACUGCACCUGGCAGCAGGUUACAAUAACCUAGAAGUAGCAGAAUACCUUCUAGAACACGGAGCUGACGUUAAUGCUCAAGACAAAGGAGGCCUUAUUCCUUUACAUAACGCUGCAUCCUAUGGGCAUGUGGACAUAGCAGCAUUGCUGAUCAAAUAUAAUACAUGUGUGAACGCUACAGAUAAAUGGGCCUUCACUCCAUUGCAUGAAGCAGCCCAGAAAGGAAGAACACAACUGUGUGCCCUGCUUUUAGCCCACGGUGCAGAUCCAACCAUGAAGAACCAAGAAGGGCAGACACCUUUAGACCUUGCAACAGCUGAUGACAUCCGAGCUUUGUUGAUCGACGCCAUGCCCCCAGAGGCUUUGCCAACGUGUUUCAAGCCUCAAGCUACUGUCGUGAGUGCCUCACUCAUCUCUCCAGCCUCCACCCCAUCCUGUCUUUCUGCCGCGAGCAGCCUAGACAACCUUGCCGGCCCUUUGGCAGAGUUAGCAGUAGGAGGGACUUCCAAUGCUGGGGAUGGAGCAGCAGGGGCACAAAGGAAAGAAGGGGAAGUGACAGGUCUUGACAUGAAUAUCAGCCAGUUCCUCAAAAGCCUGGGCCUUGAACACCUCCGGGACAUAUUUGAAACAGAACAGAUAACCCUAGAUGUACUGGCAGAUAUGGGUCACGAAGAGUUGAAAGAAAUAGGCAUCAAUGCAUAUGGGCAUCGGCACAAGUUAAUCAAGGGGGUGGAAAGACUUUUAGGAGGACAGCAAGAUGAGGAGACUGAGGUCCAGAGGGUGAAGGUGACUUACCCAAGGUCUACCAAGAAGUGGCAGAGCUGGGAUUCGCACCCAGGUCCUUUGACUUCCAAUCUAGCCCUCUUUCCAUUGCCUCAUCCCGAUCAGAGGAGUGAGUGUACCAGCCAGCUAGCUAGCCAAGGAGGAAGCAGCACAGUGGGCAGCGUCUUCAGCACCAAUCCUUACUUGACUUUUCACUGUGUUAAUCAGGGAACGAUCCUGUUAGACCUUGCUCCGGACGACAAGGAGUAUCAGUCAGUAGAAGAAGAGAUGCAGAGUACAAUCAGAGAACACAGGGAUGGUGGUAAUGCUGGAGGUAUCUUCAACAGAUAUAAUGUUAUCAGGAUUCAGAAGGUCGUGAACAAGAAAUUGCGGGAACGAUUCUGUCACAGACAGAAGGAGGUGUCAGAAGAGAACCACAACCAUCACAAUGAACGAAUGCUAUUCCAUGAUCGUGGUAGCACAUGCAGGGAACCAGUAUCCAUGCCAGCAGCCCAAGAAAAAAGAAGAGGCUCUCCUUUCAUUAAUGCCAUUAUUCACAAAGGAUUCGAUGAGAGACAUGCAUAUAUAGGGGGCAUGUUUGGGGCCGGGAUUUAUUUUGCAGAGAAUUCUUCUAAAAGUAACCAGUAUGUUUAUGGAAUUGGAGGCGGUACUGGCUGCCCUACACACAAAGAUAGGUCCUGUUACAUCUGUCAUAGGCAAAUGCUUUUUUGUCGAGUGACCCUUGGAAAGUCCUUUCUCCAGUUCAGCACCAUGAAAAUGGCCCAUGCCCCACCCGGCCAUCACUCUGUUAUUGGCAGACCUAGCGUGAAUGGCCUUGCGUAUGCUGAAUAUGUGAUCUACAGGGGGGAACAGGCAUACCCGGAAUAUCUCAUCACAUACCAGAUCAUGAAGCCUGAUGCCCCUGCCCAGACAGCAACAACAGCGGAACAGAAGACCUAGGACAACCUGGACUGAAGCCAGAUGGGACUUAAACCUAGGACUGGAUUACAUGUGAUUGUUUCCCAAAUCCAAGACACCCUAUAAAAAAAACUGACAGCCUAGAAACCAGCCGUUUGUCUUUUCUAAAGCAUUGCCCUAGCGAUGUCUGGUCAGUGUAACUUGGGUCCCAGCUCUGCUGCUCCUGUUCCCUUUGGGGAAACGUUGACCAGGGCAGCCUUUUCCUCUGGCUCAGGCAGGUUCACCCUCCCUGCACAUAACCAGGUCAAUAGAGAAUAAUAUUGCUUGGGUUUAGACUGGGGGACCCUACAAACGGUGGUGUUCUCAGUGUCGAAACAUCAGAUGCACCUGUUUGGGCUGUUUCAUUUGCCUGCAAACUACAUGAAGCCCAUGCCCAUGAACCACACAUUUUUAGAGAUGCAUAAUCAGCUAUUUAUUGGGGGGAGGGUGGGACGGGGGUGGAACAAUAUUUGAAAAUGAGCCAGGACCUUCUUGAGAAUAUUUUGCACAGUCCAGCCAACUAAAAUCCUCAGCAAUGCAAGGCAAACUUGUAGUCUCACCGAGAAGGGUUUGGGUCCAAUUCUUCUUUGGUUUUUGUUUUUAUGUUAGCGCUUGGCUUAGAAUGCUUUGCUAUAAAGGAAAAAAAUGAGUAUUUCCUUUUCAAUCUGGCUUCUUUUCCAAGGAAAGGACACCAAAAUACCCAAGGUUUCAUAAGCCUCGGUUUACAACCUUCUGAUGGCUGGGGUGGGAGAAGAGCAGAUGACUGCCCCCGAUGGUCAGAGUGCCAGCAUGUCUCCACUGAGUUUCACCCAAGGAGUUGGCUCUUGUCCUUAGACUGAAAUGCACUAGAGGUGACAAGGUCUGAGAUGUGCCAGGGUUUUGAGGGGCAGAGGCCUCCUUGCCGAAACUAGGUUCACACAAGUGGUCGACAAAGUAGCUAAGUCAUCUGCAUUAGCGGGGAAGAGAGAAGAGGGGGUCCUUAAAUUUGUACCAAGGAUGAACCCUUCUUAGCUGAGGGACAGAGAAGAAACAGAUGAGGCAAAUGGAAGAAAAGCCUUUUAGCCAGAGAAGGUCAUUUUUAGGUGGACCAAAGUGAAUGUAGGCAGGGUAGGCUUCCCUCCCCAUUUUUUGCCCUAAAGUUUGAGGCUUAUAUGAAUUCAUUUGUUCAGUUGGCUUAGAUAAAAUGCCUCUCACAAGGGAUGGGGCUUAAACAAGUGUGGAUCCCCCAAUCCUUCCAGAUGGGUCUCAAGAGGUGCACUCAGUGAAGAUGUUACUGGUAUAAGAUGCUGUUGGCUUGGCUUAGCUUUUCAUUUCAUGGGUUUGGGGUCUUGAGAUGAGGAGGUAGAGACCCUCCACUUUCUGAAGGUCUCUCCUCACUCUAGAUUUAGUUGGUCCUUGUCUUAUGUUUGCCCAUGAAAGUUUUUUAAGACUGAGAUCUGAUUGCCCUGAUAAUUAUCUAAACCUGUAGCCUCUCUCAAGCCUGUCCUAAAGUUUGGAAACAAUAUGCCAGGGUUUCUUCAUCAGAUUCUUUUCUCUUGAUUUGAGUCCAUUCACUGCCAGCUAGCCUGGACAUCCUGUCCUAGCUGGGCAUUUGGAAUCUCAAUGUGUGUGAUCAGGAAGGAGCGUUGGGGCACUGAAGAGUGAUUUCAUCUUGGCGAGUGAGUUCUUGGGUCUUGGCUAAUCUGGGGCUAUAGCUUGGAAGUUCCACUAGCAAAAUUUUUAUUGAUAUGAAUAUUCAAAUGAAAAGGGAAUUCUGCCAUGCAUAGUAGUUUUCCUUUCCUGUGAGAAGUACCCAUCAUCUGCCCUUGCUGUGUAGGUCUAGUUCUCCAUGGUAAACCUAGCUGUGGUUUACCUAAGUCAGUGAAGCCACAAGGGUCAUCAGCAUGGUGUCAGUAUGGAAGAACUCCAGAAGAAAGCCAACCCCAAGUCUCUUACUGUUUGGUGUUUCCCCUGCACUAGCUGGAUUCUUGGGGGUGCUAGGUUCAGACUAGCUCUUUAAAAGAAGGAAGUAUGGCCAGCCUUAGGUUCCUGAAGUGGUAAGAAGAGUGAAGGCAUAUGCAAGGAAGACCUUCAGGCCCUUGGACUGGCUCUUGUCUGGUGAUGGUUGGAGUUCACAGUUGGUCCUGCAGAAAGGAUAGGCAAGAAAGGAUUUUGGGGUUGAUGGGGUAAAUUGAUCCUGCAGAAAGGAUAGGCAAGAAAGGAUUUUGGGGUUGAUGGGGUAAACUAGAAUCCAGUGUGAGGGCAGGCUGGCCAAAGCCUCUGGAGCCCUGGGAUUUUUCUGCAGUAGACUACCCUUGGAUUUCUAUCUCAAACCAUGGUCACUAGCACAAGUCUAAUGCAUUUGGAAUGUCCAUUUACCACGGAGAGAAAGGCCUUUGAAAGUAUUACAAGUAGCAUGAUACGGUUCAGUCAAGUGAAUGUCCCUUCCUUUCUUUGAAGAAAAAGUAGCCAUCUGGAGGUCACGACACUGCAAUGAUCUUUCUAAAAUUUGCAUCAACCUUUCUUCAGAACCACGUAGAUUGACAAAAAAUGCAAAGAUGUCAUGCUGACCAAAGCCUGACCCAAGUGGAGCUGAGAGACGUGGCUUUCCUAGCACAGACACUUCUCCUUUGCUCAAGAGUCCUCCACCCUUUCCCACUUUCCUUUGGCCCUAUUCACCUUCUCAGUGGCCUUCCCAAGCCCAGUGAAAGGAUAUUACUCUAAUGCUACACUGUUGGCAUCUUAUAGUCAAAAUUGGGUGCCUGCCAUUUUGACCCUGCCCAGGAACUCAAUGGUAACUUAACCAAAAGAGCAGUAUGCCAUAGUGAGCCAGCUACAGCUCUUCUCAUUCCCGUAUCUUCAGCCUCUCCAGCAGGCUAAAUAGAAUAACCAUUCUAAGGAGUUUUCUUGGAUCAGUGAGGCCUUGUGUAGGAAUCACAAAUAGUAUUGGCAGUUCUGACCCCAGGGUAGAUAUCAGGAAAAUCCCCCUCUCGACAUGGCUUUCUGCAUGGAAACCUAGAAAAAAGUGCCUUUCUAAAGGAGAAAAAAACACAAAUGGAAAUGAGGGUCCUAUCACUAUAGAAAAGCAUGUUUAGGAUGGGAAGGAAGUGAAGUGCUAGCCUUUUCUUAACAUUGUCUUCUACGUUUCAUCUCCAACUCCUAUAAAGACUGGACACAUUAUGUGAAAUCUCCUUGGUCCCAGGCAUGAGAAUUCCUUUGAAAGCAGGACUAAUCUGUUCUAAGCAUUUGUCUCUAGUCUGGCCAGACCCCAGGCCCCUCCAGCUGUUUGCAGUGCUUAGCUAUCUGCUUUGCUCUUUCAGGCUAAUGAGACUCUAAAAAAAAGUUUUUGGCCUUCUGGGUCAACUCCCUUGAUCAACAUAACAUUGGAUUUCACCUCACACUGGUCUAAGGAAAGGGAUGGUGAGGCACUUUUGGUUAGGUAUUUUCAUUUUCGAAUGAACUUCUCUAAGUGCUAUCAACUGAAGAUUCGUGAAGUUUCUUGCUCAAUUGUGAAAGAUGUAGAAAGCUCUAAUUAUAACAAGAAUUUCGUCACUGCACCAUUGAGAGGACAAGUCCAUCCGUGAGAUUAUUCCCUCUUCUGGUACACAUUAACUUGUGACCCUAAUUUAUCUCACUCUGUGCCAAUUCUUCUCCAUCCUUUUCCUUAAGUUGUUCUUAAGAGAAUCCACUCCGUAGGCUGAAAGCCUCCCUUUCAGCUUUUUGAUCUUACGAAACAAGUUCCCUCCCUUUUAUACCCAACUGCCUCCCCGUGCCUAUUUCCUUUCAUUUGAGAAACUAGGUUGUGAGAAAAGGAAUAGGUUCAGUGAAAAUUGGGAGGGAUCGUGUGCUUUGUGCUCACUCCAAAGGAGGGAAAUGGAAGCCUUGCAUAAUGGAUAGAUCAAAGCGUGGUCAUGGAAAAGAGGAAACAUUUCUUCUGAGCAGUCCUUGGAGGUAGAAUUGAUAGAUGGAUAUUCCCAGGAGGUUGUUUUCAGCCCAGUAGAGGGAAGCAUUUCCCAACCUCCAAGCUAUGUAGUGGGUUGGCUGUAAGGGAGUGUUGUUUUCUGCCACAUUGAGGGAUAAUUUAGGGCUCUUGUGGAAAGGAGCUAGCUGUCAGGGAACUGGACUAGAUGCACUCUAGUCCUGUCUAAAUGGAAUUUUCUGAUUCUAAACCCAGUGAGAAGAUUUUUCAUAGAUAUAAUCAGUUAGACAUUUUGUGGGAAUGUGUCUAUACACCCCAUGCUCUCCAGCCCAAAGUCUCCCAGGCACCAGAUUUAAGGGUUUGAGAAAAUGCUAGGAAAAUGACAAAAACGACCUUUUUUGUGUUUCUAGGGCCAGUGUGGUUAUAUGGCAGCCCAUUGGAAAGGAUUUGGUACAUUAGGGUCUUUUGACCUUUUUCUGCCAUUCCCAGAACAUGCUUUGUUGGGCUCCAAAUUACUAUUUUAGGGGGCCAUCUCCCUAAGACCAAGGAUGGUAUCAGGGCUCCUUUCCUGAUUAAAGAGCUCUUAUAGAGAAAGGGAAAUAAGACCAAGGGCAAGAGUCCAUCCGUGUCCCCCAAGAAAUUUUAGAAUAAGAUCUAAGGCACAUGCCCAUUGCUUAGGGUCAAUUGGCAGGAAAGACUCAGCUUCCCUCCUGCCUCCUGUGUUUGAGGCUGGGGCUCUGUAAGCUGACUUGAAUAUGUUGGCGCUCUGCUACAUGACUGGGCCCAGGGUUUCAUCAAUGCGGUUCUAUAUAAGUGACAGGCCCCGACCCACUUCGCUCCCCCUCCCCCAAGGCCCAGGUCUUAGGCUCUCGGGGCAGCCCUGCCGCUGUCCAUCUGUGGUCUCAAAGCUUGCCCCCUUUCUCACCUUCCCCUACCUUGUCCUCUGUCGUGUCUUUCACACCAUUUCUCACUCACAAGUUGUCCUUGGUAAAAUGUUGCAGCCUGCUUGCCAUACAUCGCAGCACUGGAUUUCUAGUCAUUUUGAUUCUUCCAAAACCAUGGUGGUGUACGAUUCACAGCCAUAAGACAGCUCGGCGAGACUCCUGAAGUCCAAAGAUGGGUGUUGGCAGCCGCCAUAGUUGGGUUUCCAGAAAGUGCCGCGCAAUUUCCUAAAUGCAUUAAUCUGUGAAAUGAUCUGUCCCUUUCAGCUCUUCUCGUGACUGCGUAUUGCUUGCCUUGGACCCCACUGUUUGCGCCUCAUUCUUUUUGGUGGCAAUAUUUGUACUCGUUUACCUUUUAGCGAAAAUGUCCUAUUAAGGAAGGUGGUGUAUGUUAUUAGAUGACACCUUGGCCUGACUGGGCUUCCCGCUUUGGCAGCCGUGGCGGAAGUAUUGAUUUGAGUUGUAUUCUCCCGUGUGGUGUGGUGUGCCCCGGCUCAUGGCCUGGGAGCUCGUUGUUGUCUCUGUAUUCCGUCUGUGCGUGACCCCUAUAUGGUUUUGACUUGUUGGCCGAUGUCCGCUGAUGCCGUGGAAGAGUACUUGGAGCUGCUGCCAUGACCACCUUUCUUGCCCUUCUUUCCCAGCCCCUCCCCUCUUGCUAAGAGGAUAUCUCCCAAGGUAACCUUUCAGACAUGGUUGUGUUAACUUGAACUUGUAACUGCUUUGGCUCUGUGUCUAACCUGCAGUACUUGUUAUCAUUUAAUAACCAAUAAAGACCUUUUUAAAGCA